ACGACAAUGACGGACCCGCAGGAAGAACUUGUAAAUAUUUUGCACACUGGCUCUUUUCUCCUCGAUACGUCUGGCACCGCCGAACGCGAUCUCAAAAAUGUACUGGUGCGCAGACUAACGCAAUACCACCAAGCACUCGGAUCGUCGUCUCCCUCCCUUGACACAGCUGAAGAUGCUCAGCUUGAAACUGCUCAAUGUGCUCUGCAUGUCGUCGAGCGCGUCCAAUUUAUUCUUGAUCAGCCAGAUCUAUGCACCUCCCGACAUGAAGGUGAUCUGAAAGGUGCACCAACAAUAGGGACUCGUGACCUCAGCACUCUCCGCACCCUUUUGUCUCUUAUUUUCCGCUGGGGCACCGAAACGCUCUAUACGCGUCUCUCCCCUUUGUUCUCGUCUAAACCAACCCCUGGCACUCCCAAAAUUAUUGACCUGACAAACACACCCACCGACCACGCUACCCUCUCUGAGAUGCUUUUGCGCCUCAUGGGUCUCUUGUUUCCCCGUGGCCCAAAGAGCACGCCACCCCAGACACUAAUUAGCAGUACACUACUAUCAAGACAUGCAGUUGAUUUGUUGCGCCCGACUAUGGCCCUCGGAUGGCUACCUAGUGCUCCCGUCGAGCCUCUCCGUCCGCUCGUCCUCCGUUUGCUCGCUUUCAUUCCCCUCCCACAACUUAUGUCAUCCCUUGCUGCCGUCCUCUCCACUCCUAACUCCUCUCCACCACCCCACGUCCGUAAACUCUGUUCCUCUCUCCUCACCCAAUACUUCCUCCGCCCAGACGGUGUACGUGCCCUUUGCGCUGCUGUAUUUGGUGAACUCGAUGCGGAAGAAGAACCAGAACUAGACAAGUUGGAACAUGUUGCACGCGUGCUAGGAACGGUGCCUCGGGGGAUGCAACCCAAGGAUUAUUUCCAAACAAUAACACCUCGCGUCCUUGCUCUCAUUUCUUCUGCUUCAACGCCAAUGACGCCCCCCGCAUUCAAACGUGCCGCUGCAUUCACUCUCGCGCGCAUGCUGGACUCCAGCGCCGUACACCAUGCACUCGUGGCGAGCAUAGCAUUGCCUAUUUUACACGACCCCCUCUCCAAGUUCUCCGAUGAGGCCUCACACCACCAGGGGGAAUCAGGUCAAAGCCAACUUUUACCCACCCCAUCAUCAUCCCUCCAAACCAUUCAUACCCUCCUGCUAUCAACCGAUCCAUCACCCUCUCUCUUCUCCUCCCUCCUUUCACCCAUCCUCACCUCUCUAUAUUCCCUCCACGCACACUUCAGUAAAAUGGGUGUAGCGGAUCCGGUACUAAAAGAGGAUGUUUGGACGCUGAUGAGGACAUGGGGACGAGUCGUAGAAGAGGUUGAGGGGAUUCGAGUGUUGUGGUCUUUGGUAGAUGAGAAUGAAAACUCCUCAGGAGGGUGGGAAGGAGGAAGUGCAGAAGAUCUAAAACGCGUAAGACGGGUCAACAGAGAAGACAAACUCGCUCUUCUUACGCCCGAAGACCUUCGAUAUGCCUCCGCCGCUGAGGAUACGGAUAUAGAAUCAUUGGACUUGGGACUCUACCCGCCUCCCGCGCACUUUGUCUCUUAUAUCAAGAGCAUCGACCGUGCGGAUAUCGCAGGGGGCGUGUUCGUGAGAUUGCUGGAGGCAUAUCGGACUGCAAAGGAGUCUGGUUCUGCUGAUGCACAAGACGGCAACUUCAAAGGCGAAACGCAAAGUAUAUUGUUGGACCCUAAGGAACCUGAUCCACUUCGAAUGAUGCUCCUCCUCCAACUCAUCAUAGCCUUCCAAUCUCAGCUGGACAACACCGCCAUCCUGAAUCGCCCGAGGGACGUAUUGGAAUUUGUGAGGCACGCGUUGGAGGUGUCUGAUACACCCUUCUCUGCACUUUCACACGCCGUAUCUGGCACGCCAAAUCGGGGCACAAGCAACGAAAGCAGAAAGGGCCUCAUGAAGGAGGAUUUAAGAAUCGUCCCAGAGGAGCUGGACGAUCUAGAGACCGAGCAAGAUAGUGAUGACGAGGAUGUUGGUGUUGGGGAGGUCGAGGGGGAAGAUAUGGUAGAAACUGCUGUCGGGUUGUUGUUGGCUGUACUUGAAGCCAACCCCUCACUCACCCCGGACAACACACCCUCCCUCACGCUCAUUCUCGUUCUUCUCGAGGCGCACACGUCGACCCGUCCAAGCGCACGUGAGGCACGGUUAGUAUUGACGGCGAGGAUGGCCGAGGGGGCGUUAGCCGCAUCGGGGUCUGCUCCAAAAUAUACAAAAAAGGGCAGGUCCGAUGGUAAAAAUGAGGACGAAGACACAGAUCCGCGAGAGACGUACCAAAAAGCGCUUAAACUCCUCCAAGACCCGCUCCUACCCGUACGGGCGCACGGGUUGCUCUUGCUGCGCGAGUUGGUAUCUUCCCCGGCUCGCGCGAGUGAAUCUUGGCGAGAGAGGGAAGCAAUAAUACGUGCUUUGCAUCCUGCCAUCCUCUCCAUAUUCUUGCAAGCGAUUCAGGAGGACGAUUCGUAUGUGUUCUUGAAUGCGGUGCAGGGGCUGGCUGCUUUGGUGCAUGCCCCUGGUCCCAGAUUUGGGGCAGGGAACGAAGUGUUGAAGGCAUUGCUGGAUGCGUAUGCGAGGGGAGCAGAGGAUCUUGCUGAUGACGCAGAGUCGGAUAAAAAACCCAAGGAUGGUGAAAGGGGUAAGACAAAGGGGAAAGGAAAACAGAUGAGUGAAGUGGACACACGCCUCCGCGUCGGUGAAGCCCUCGCAGUUGUCGUAAGGCGGUGCGGAGAUGCCCUGGGAGUAUAUGCGGACACACUUCUUCCACCCCUCCUUUCCCUCCUCCGCAAGCCCCGUGCCCCGGUCGUCCUACGCACAUCAGCGAUAUCCCUGCUCUCCGAGUGUGUCAACACCUGUGCCCGCGUGGUAGAACGAUACACAGGGGAAAUAGCGGAGGGAAUGCUGGAUUUAGUAAUAGUCGAGAUGACUGUGGCAACUCCCACUCUUCGUCCGACAGCUAAGGUAGAAGGGAAGAAAACCGACAAGGACACAGAAGUAAGCACAGGAAAACCAGAUGCUGAACCUACUCCAACACCCCAACCCCAACGCCCUCCAGACCCGCUAGACAUAUCCCCCCUGAAUACAUCCCCUAAAGUCCCAGCCCUCCGCCGCGCAGCACUACACUUUCUCGCGCUUCUCGUGCGCGCAUUGAUGCAGGAGGCGUAUGAACGUGGUGGCACGGGUGGCGGCUCCUGGAGUGGCGUCCAAAUCAGGGGCAUAUAUGGCGGGCAAACAGGUGCGUUUACGGCUGAUGAAGGGGGAUCGCUACCCCCGGGGUUUAUAAGACGCGCUCGGACGGUGUUGGGGUAUAUCGCAGCUGUGGACGAGGACACAGUUGUGAGGGUUAUGGCGAGGGAGGUUGGGGAGGGGCUGGAAGGGCUAGAGAAGGCUUUGGUUUGGCUGUGAAUACUGGGAAUACUGGGACGAAUGGUAACAAGAUAUCUGCAGCUUAGGGCUUGGUUGUUUUGAAGCGGUGGUUAUUCAGUAGGAAAUUCGAUUUUAUGAAAGUCGUCGUACUACUGACACUGGAUCCUAGUAGUGAACCAAUCUCAGCUUGUACUUGGUAAGAUAAUUUUUCAGCAAUCGAACUGGCUCUUUACACGUCGUUGCACGGUGAAAUCCAAGGUGCAAAUGCCAGUUCUGCCCGUAUUUCUCGUGGAAGAGCCGAAACUCUCGGAGCAAGCGACAGGUUUCAUUGCGGAUAUUUGAGCUCGAGAUAGUUUGAGAUUAACCUAAGGCGGAACACCUAUGCCAUGAGGACUCGUAACGCAGAAGUAUGUCUGAUAAUACACGUCGCACGACCAUAUUCAAUGAAUAUAAGAACUAAAC